ACAUCAAGUUGUUCAGUCGGCACAAUGAAUAAACAGAUAUUUGUACCGAUUUUCCUUUCGUUUUUGGUUUCUUUCGCACAUUGUUGUUCCUGCACUAGAAAAACCGAUUGGAAUGAAUAUCCCCAUCCAGAAUUGGUAUUCUUAGGCGUUGACGAUUUCGCUAUUGCUCAAAGUUCAGCAAACACAAUAUCUCAAUUUAAUUGAUUAAUUGCGACCGUAUCUGGCAUCAUACCGGGGGUUGGAACGUUUAUAGGCCCAAUUUUAAGGGGAUGCAACACUCUACGAGAAAUCAUAUCUGGAAAAGAGGACGCAUUCUCUAAAUUCAUCGAGAGGCAUCUCGCCAUUGCAACAAUUGCAGAUAUUAAAUCCAAGGUUUACACGGUUGAGAACAGGUUAAAGGAAAUGGAGAUGUAUAUGGAACAGAACUCAUCCUGCAGUGUUCCUCUCUCCAUUGCGUGGGACAAGUGUGAGGAAAUCCUGGACAAAUACGCCACCGAGUGGGGUCCUCUCUUUAAGGGUGGAAGUGUCUUAGGAUCGACACCUUCACUAGUCACGUUCGCCGCUCUAUAUUCUGGCGUUGCAACAUUGGGAUGGAAACUCUGGCCUGAAAAAAGAAAUCAAAUCCUGUCUCAAAUUGAACGUUUGCAACCCACUCUGGAAAAAUAUCGCGAUGCCACGAUUACCUUUAGAUUGUCAUACGUAGAAAAUGGCUUGUUUAGGGGAUACUGUGAAAAUCACUGUUACGAUGGGUUUUAUAAGGUUACGCGAUGUGAAUCGUGUUAUCGUGUUCAGUGCGAUUCCGGUGGUUUGAAGCGGUAUCAGUACGAUAUUUCGUUGUUCAGAAGAUAUAAGAGAGAGGAUAAAUAUUUUGAGUAUUUUAGUUUGCCAAUUAAUAAAUUGGCAGAGUUUAGGUCCCAGUUAAAGGAAAAAAUGGUGUAAAGUUUCGCAUAGUAAUGAAAUGUUGGAUUCUCAUUUUCUUAAUUACAUGAAAAAGUAAAUAUUACGUUAUGCUCGCUAAAUAAGCUACAAAGUUCAUUGAGUUUUGUGUUUGACCAAAACAUGCUUAGAAUGUAAGCUGUAAUUAAUUAAAAUAAUUUUGAUCGUAAUACUAUCUCAUAUGGGAAUAAAAUUAUAUCAAAAGUUCAA